CCCGCCGCCGGCGCAGCCCCCCGGCCGCCCCCGCUUCCCGCGCCGCGCAGGCCCCCUCCCCCCGCCGCCCCCGCCCCCGGGGAAGGCAGCGCCGCGCGGAGCCGGGGCCCAUGCAGCCGAGCCGUGCUGCCGCCGCUACCAACGCCGCCGCCCCUGCGGAGCCCUCGGCGCCGCUGCCCCCCGCGCCGGCCCCGGCCCCGGCCCCCCCCGGCCCCCUCCCGCACAGCGCGGCCAACGGGGCUCCGGCGGGGGCCGAGGGGGGGCCGGGGCGCCCCGUGGAGUCCCCGUGCGCCCCUCUCCCUGCAGCGAUCAGCCCCGGCCCCGGCGCGGGGAUGGACGGCCCCGGGGCCAGCUUCGUGGUCGUGCGCGUAGGCAUUCCGGACCUCCAGCAGACGAAGUGCCUGCGCCUGGACCCGACCGCGCCCGUGUGGGCCGCCAAGCAGCGCGUGCUCUGCGCCCUCAACCACAGCCUCCAGGACGCGCUCAACUACGGGCUCUUCCAGCCGCCCUCCCGGGGCCGCGCCGGCAAGUUCCUGGACGAGGAGCGGCUCCUGCAGGACUACCCGCCUAACCUGGACACGCCCCUGCCCUACCUGGAGUUCCGAUACAAGAGGCGAGUUUAUGCCCAGAACCUCAUCGAUGACAAGCAGUUUGCAAAGCUUCACACCAAGGCGAACCUGAAGAAGUUCAUGGACUACAUCCAGCUGCACAGCACAGACAAGGUGGCCCGCCUGCUGGACAAGGGGCUGGACCCCAACUUCCACGACCCUGACUCUGGAGAGUGUCCCCUGAGCCUGGCGGCCCAGCUGGACAACGCCACGGACCUGCUGAAGGUGCUGAGGAACGGCGGCGCUCACCUGGACUUCCGCACGCGCGACGGGCUCACGGCCGUGCACUGCGCCACCCGCCAGCGGAAUGCGGAGGCUCUGACGACCCUGCUGGACCUGGGCGCUUCGCCUGACUACAAGGAUAGCCGUGGCCUGACACCCUUGUACCACAGCGCCCUGGGGGGCGGGGACGCCCUCUGCUGUGAGCUGCUGCUGCAUGACCAUGCUCAGCUGGGGACCACCGAUGAGAACGGCUGGCAGGAGAUCCACCAGGCCUGCCGCUUCGGGCACGUGCAGCACCUGGAGCACCUGCUGUUCUACGGAGCCGACAUGGGGGCCCAGAACGCCUCGGGGAACACCGCCCUGCACAUCUGUGCCCUGUACAACCAGGAGAGCUGUGCUCGCGUCCUGCUCUUCCGCGGAGCCAACAAGGACGUCCGCAACUUCAACAGCCAGACAGCCUUCCAGGUGGCCAUCAUCGCAGGGAACUUUGAGCUGGCCGAAGUCAUCAAGACCCACAAAGACUCGGACGUUGUUCCGUUCAGGGAAACACCCAGCUAUGCGAAGCGGCGGCGGCUGGCCGGCCCCAGUGGUCUGGCCUCCCCCCGGCCCCUGCAGCGCUCAGCCAGCGACGUCAACCUGAAGGGUGAGGGGCAGCCCGCAGCUUCUCCCGGACCCUCGCUGCGAAGCCUCCCCCACCAGCUGCUGCUCCAGCGUCUGCAGGAGGAGAAGGACCGGGACCGGGACGGUGGCCAGGAGAAGGACGUCGGUGGCCCCGACGCGGGCAGGGGCAGCCAGAGCAACAUCAGCCCGAGCGGGCCUGGUGGCCCCGGCGGCCCUGGCCCCGCUCCCGGCCAGGGCCCGGCGCCCCCCGCGCCCCCUGCGCCCCCCGCGCCGCCGCCCCGGGGCCCGAAGCGGAAACUUUACAGCGCAGUCCCCGGCCGCAAGUUCAUCGCGGUGAAGGCGCACAGCCCGCAGGGCGAAGGCGAGAUCCCGCUGCACCGCGGCGAGGCCGUGAAGGUGCUCAGCAUCGGGGAGGGCGGCUUCUGGGAGGGCACCGUGAAGGGCCGCACCGGCUGGUUCCCGGCCGACUGCGUGGAGGAGGUGCAGAUGCGGCAGUAUGACUCGCGGCACGAAACCCGGGAGGACCGGACGAAGCGACUCUUCCGCCACUACACAGUGGGCUCCUAUGACAGCCUCACCUCGCACAGUGACUACGUCAUCGACGACAAGGUGGCCAUCCUGCAGAAACGGGACCAUGAGGGCUUUGGUUUCGUGCUCCGGGGGGCCAAAGCGGAGACCCCCAUCGAGGAGUUCACCCCCACGCCAGCCUUCCCGGCGCUGCAGUACCUCGAGUCGGUGGAUGUGGAGGGCGUGGCCUGGAGGGCUGGGCUGCGCACAGGAGACUUCCUCAUCGAGGUGAACGGGGUGAACGUGGUGAAGGUUGGACACAAGCAGGUGGUGGCUCUGAUCCGCCAGGGCGGGAACCGUCUCGUCAUGAAGGUGGUGUCGGUGACGAGGAAGCCGGAGGAGGACGGGGCUCGCCGCAGAGCCCCGCCGCCCCCCAAGAGGGCCCCCAGCACCACACUGACCCUGCGCUCCAAGUCCAUGACCGCCGAGCUGGAGGAACUUGCCUCCAUUCGGAGAAGGAAAGGGGAGAAACUGGACGAGAUCCUGGCCGCCGCCGCGGAGCCCGCGCUGAGGCCGGACGCCGUGGAUGCCGAUUCGAGGGCGGCCACCGUCAGGCAGCGGCCCAGCAGUCGGAGGGUCACGCCGGCCGAGAUCAGUUCCUUGUUUGAGCGCCAGGGCCUCCCAGGCCCCGAGAAGCUGCCGGGCUCCCUGCGGAAGGGGAUUCCACGGACCAAGUCUGUAGGGGAGGAUGAAAAGCUGGCGUCCCUGCUGGAAGGGCGCUUCCCGCGCAGUACGUCGAUGCAGGACACGGUGCGCGAGGGCCGCGGCAUCCCUCCGCCGCCACAGACCGCGCCUCCGCCCCCGCCCGCGCCCUAUUACUUCGACUCGGGGCCACCCCCUGCCUUCUCACCGCCGCCUCCGCCAGGCCGGGCCUACGACACGGUGCGCUCCAGCUUUAAACCCGGCCUGGAGGCGCGCCUGGGCGCGGGGGGCGCGGGCCUUUACGAGUCCGGCGCGCCCCUGGGGCCGCUGCCCUACCCCGAGCGGCAGAAGCGCGCGCGCUCCAUGAUCAUCCUGCAGGACUCUGCGCCAGACGUGGGCGACACCUCCCGGCCCCCACCAGCAGCCACCCCACCUGAGCGCCCCAAGCGCCGGCCGAGGCCGCCAGGCCCGGAUAGCCCCUACGCCAACCUGGGCGCCUUCAGCGCCAGCCUCUUCGCGCCGUCCAAGCCUCAGCGCCGCAAGAGCCCCCUGGUGAAGCAGCUGCAGGUGGAAGACGCCCAGGAGCGGGCGGCCCUGGCCGUGGGCAGUCCCGGCCCGGUGGUCGGCAGCUUUGCCCGAGAGCCCUCGCCAACGCACCGUGGGCCUCGGCCGAGCGGCCUGGACUACAGCCCUGGGGACAGCCCCGGGCUUGCGUUCGGGGGCCCCGCCCCGCCCAAGGACCGGCGGCUGGAAGAGCGGCGCCGCUCCACCGUGUUCCUGUCCGUGGGAGCCAUCGAGGGCAGCCCCCCCAGCACGGACAUGCCCUCCCUGCAGCCCUCCCGCUCCAUCGAUGAGCGCAUUCUGGGGGCCGGAGCCCCCACCGGCCGCGACCUGCUGCUGCCCUCCCCCGUCUCUGCUCUGAAGCCAUUGGUCAGCGGCCCGAGCCUGGGGCCUUCCGGCUCCACCUUCAUCCACCCACUCACCGGCAAACCCCUGGACCCCAGCUCGCCCCUGGCCCUGGCCCUGGCCGCCCGGGAGCGGGCCCUGGCCUCCCAGACGCCCUCCCGGUCCCCCACGCCUGUGCACAGCCCGGACGCCGACCGCGCGGGGCCCCUCUUCGUGGACGUCCAAGCCCGAGAUGCCGAGCGCGGGGCCCUGGCCUCCCCGGCCUUCUCCCCGAGGAGCCCGGCCUGGGCCCCUGUGCCGGCGCGCAGGGAGCCGGAGAAAGCCCCCCGGGAGGAGCGGAAGUCUCCCGAGGACAAGAAGUCCAUGAUCCUCAGCGUCCUGGACACGUCCCAGCAGCGGCCGGCAGGCCUCAUUGUUGUCCACGCCACCAGCAACGGGCAGGAGCCCAGCAGGCUGGGGGCCGAAGAGGAGCGCCCAGGCACCCCCGAGCUGGCUCCGGCGCCCGCACAGUCCGCAGUGGUGGCGGAGCCCCUGCCCAGCCCCCGGGCCCAGCCCCCUGGCAGCACCCCGAAAGACCCGGGGCAGGGCCAGGGGAGCUCCGAGGAGGAGCCGGAGCUGAUCUUCGCUGUGAACCUGCCGCCCGCCCAGCUGUCCUCCAGCGACGAGGAGACCAGAGAGGAGCUGGCUCGCAUCGGGCUGGUGCCGCCCCCCGAAGAGUUUGCCAACGGGCUCCUGGCCACCCCGCUGCCCGGCCCAGGCCCCUCACCCACCUCGGUGCCAGGCCCGGCCUCAGGGAAGCCCAGCAGUGAGCUGCCCCCAGCCCCCGAGUCUGCCGCCGACUCGGGGGUGGAGGAGGUGGACACGCGCAGCUCGAGCGACCCCCACCUGGAGACCACGAGCACCAUCUCCACGGUGUCCAGCAUGUCCACCCUGAGCUCCGAGAGCGGGGAGCUCACCGACACCCACACCUCCUUCGCCGACGGACACACUUUUCUACUCGAGAAGCCACCAGUGCCUCCCAAGCCCAAGCUCAAGUCCCCGCUGGGGAAGGGGCCGGUGACCUUCAGGGACCCUCUGCUGAAGCAGUCCUCGGACAGCGAGCUCAUGGCCCAGCAGCACCACGCCGCCUCCGCCGGGCUGGCCUCCGCCGCCGGGCCCGCUCGCCCUCGCUACCUCUUCCAGAGAAGGUCCAAGCUGUGGGGGGACCCCAUGGAGAGCCGGGGGCUCCCCGGGCCCGAAGACGACAAACCAACUGUGAUCAGUGAGCUCAGCUCCCGCCUGCAGCAGCUCAACAAAGACACGCGCUCCCUGGGGGAGGAGCCGGUCGGCGGCCUGGGUGGCCUGGGCGGCCUGCUGGACCCCUCCAAGAAGUCGCCCAUCGCGGCAGCUCGGCUCUUCAGCAGCCUCGGUGAGCUGAGCACCAUCUCAGCGCAGCGCAGCCCUGGGGGCCCGGGCGGCGGGGCCUCCUACCAGGUGCGGCCCGGCGGCCGGUACCCCGUGGCGCGGCGCGCCCCGAGCCCAGUGAAGCCCGCGUCGCUGGAGCGGGUGGAGGGGCUGGGGGCGGGCGCGGGGGGCGCGGGGCGGCCCUUCGGCCUCACGCCUCCCACCAUCCUCAAGUCGUCCAGCCUCUCCAUCCCGCACGAGCCGAAGGAGGUGCGUUUUGUGGUGCGCAGCGUGAGCGCGCGCAGCCGCUCACCCUCCCCGUCGCCGCUGCCCUCGCCGACACCCGGCCCCGGCCCCGGGGCCCCCGGCCCGCGCCGGCCCUUCCAGCAGAAGCCGCUGCAGCUGUGGAGCAAGUUCGACGUGGGCGACUGGCUGGAGAGCAUCCACCUGGGCGAGCACCGCGACCGCUUCGAGGACCACGAGAUUGAGGGCGCGCACCUGCCGGCCCUCACCAAGGACGACUUCGUGGAGCUGGGCGUCACGCGCGUGGGCCACCGCAUGAACAUCGAGCGCGCGCUCAGGCAGCUGGAUGGCAGCUGACGCCCCGUCCUCUCCCGCGCCCCGGCCGCGCCCUGCGGGCAGGGCUCCCCCACAUCCGCCCCGCCCCCCGGGCCGCGGGCUCGGCCUGCCCCCCACUGCGGCGCCCGGGCCAGGAAUGUUGCAUGAACCGUCCCGUCUGCUGUUGCUCGGAGACCUGCCCUGUACAUUGCUUAGCGCCCUCCCCGGCCGGCGGGCGAGCUCCCCCAGCACACCGUCAGGAAGGGUGCAGGCCCGGAGCCUGGGGUGGGGGGUCAGGGUGGGGCUCCCCAGCCUGACUGUCUCCCAUGCUGCUCCCGGAGACGACUCCCCAGAGUGGGGACCUGGUCCAGCAUGCGAGGUCAGGACACACCUUGGUGACUGGGGGGAGGGGGGAGACAUUGGGGUUCUCCGUGGGGGGCCAAGGAGCCCCCCUGUUUUGCAUAUUUUAAUCCACUCUAUAUUUGGAACGAGAAAAGGAACAAAUAUCUCUGUCCUUAAUAGCUCCCCGUCCCCUCCCCCAGCCCCCGCUGGUUCCCCUGUGGCUGCCCGGUCUUCCAUCCCGGCCCCUCACUGCCACGGCCACCCCACGUGGGGCGGGGGCGCUCCAGCUGGUCUGGGGUGGGCCAGGGUCUCGGCAGCCGCCCUGGGGCCCUGCCUCGGCCUUCUCCCCUUGCUGAGCUGGAGCGUGCCCCACGACCCUUCAGGUGCUGCGUGGAGGAGGGGCGGUGGGCAGCCAGGCCAGCUGGGCACUAGCGAGGUCUGGUGGUCCUGGAGGCCACGGCCCCUGGGGUGGGGGCAGGGCCCCGGCACCCUCGGCACCCUCGACGGGGGCCCUCCCGCCAUCUCCCUCACGGGUCCCCUCCAGAGGGGGUGUCGCCUCCCCCCCACACUGCUGGGCAACCACAGCAGAGAAGCCUCCACCUCAGCCCCCAAGCCUCCCGCCCCCACCGUGUGUGCGUGCACGCAUGUGCACGUGUGCGAGACUCGGUGUGGCCAAGGGUGUCGGAGCCCGGCGUGUGCCUGUGUGGAGAGCGGCCCCGUGUGAGGGCUGCGUGCGCACCCAGCCUCCCUUCCAAAGAAAGCCGGGGGCCCUGCUGCCCCCGGACCUGCGUCUGUCCUGCCCGCCCUCCUGGAGCCUCACCGAGCCUGAGCAGGCGGCCCUGGGGAAGCCCCCCAGGGCCCCGGGAGGCAGUGCCCAGCCCCCCCCGCCAGGCUUCCAGGGGGAUCCUAGGGAGGCCCCGUGGAGUCAGGCCACUGUAAGACCCCAGAGGGCGCCCCAGCCCCCCGUACUGUGACUCCUCACACUCAGCAAUGGCCUGUGGGGUGGGGGGCCUGGGACGUUUUUAAACCUAGGGUUUGGCGUCUGGACUAAGCUCCAUCCACGUCACUCACAAGUUUCUGUUAUAUUUCUAGCUUUUUUUAAUAAAAAUUAAAAAAAACAGAAAACACAAGUUUUCACAGCCCAGGGGCCCGGCACGCCGGUCUGUGCCCGCCCACCCUGCCCCAGCCGCCGGCGCCGCCCCUGGGCAGAGUUGCACCCAGCGCCCGCCACUGACGCCCCGGCCCGCUCCGCGGCAGUCGCUGUACCAGGCUGCCACACACACACUCGGCCUCACACUCACCUGUGGGUUUUUGGUUCCGUUCAAUUUGGG